AUGCCUGGUAUAGUAGUGUUUCAGCGAAGAUGGUCGGUCGGUUCAGACGAUCUCGUAGUCCCUGGCCUAUUCCUACUUGUUAUUCAUUUCAUUUGGCUCGUCGUGCUGAUGGUAAUGACGCUAACGUUUCAUUUCGAUCGCACGGAGAAUUGCGUUCUACAGCUCUGGUACUUUCAGAUUGGAUACAUGAUACUGCUUGCAGUGUGCAUGUGCCUGGAACUCUCCAUCUGUGUGGUAUCGAUGCGUGGCAGCAUCCUCGACACCGAACCAAGGGCGUCCAUGCAAUACCUGCUGUACGGGCGCGUACUGUUGAUGCUGAUCGAUCUCGGUCUGCUAACGGUGGGCAUCACCUGGUUAAGAGAUAACUAUGCGACCUGCCCAGCGGCAGAACCGAAAGAGGUGAUGUUAGCCGCGAUAGCCUGCAACCUGUUCGUCAUUCUCAGUAUGAUUACCACCGUCUGGUGCACGUUUGAUCCGGCCGGCCGGUCCUGGGUGAAGAUGAAGAAAUACCAACGCUCGAUGCGCGAGUCCGAAUCACGCUUCAACUACAAGCGCAGCGGUAGUCGUAGCCGGAACUGGCGGCAGCGUAAAGUGAUCCGGGCGUAUCAGGACAGCUGGGACCAUCGGUGUCGGUUGCUCUUCUGUUGCAUGGGUAACAGCGAUCGCAGUCGUAACUCCUUUACAGAUAUUGCCCGCUUGCUGAGUGAUUUUUUUCGCGACCUCGACGUGGUACCGUCGGACGUGGUGGCUGGAUUGGUGUUGCUACGGAAGUUCCAAAAGCUGGAACGGGAAGUUAUCGUGCGACAGCAAAAGAACGGAACGCACAAGUUUUUGUCCGGUGUACCCAUUAACGCUGGUACACAGUUCCUGGCACUGAACGAUUCCAGAGAUUAUGACCAUUUUCAGACUGUUAUUCGGUAUAUGUACUUUGCGCAAGGUGCGUACGGUUGGCCCAUGUAUCUCAUGAGCCAUUCAAGCACUGGCGUGUGUCAAUUGGCUUCCGAGUUGCGUUACUGUUUUUGCAGGCGAAACACAGUCGAUGUGGUGGAUGAUAACUGUUGCUUCUGUAAUUACGCCGCGCUCAAAAAGAUGCUUGAACUGGGCGAGGUUGAAGUUAUUUAUGCUACAUAUCAUGUUGAUAUCGCCGAAACACCGUUCUUCGUUGCGAUCGAUUACAACUACAAUAAAAUCGUCAUCAGUAUCCGGGGUACGCUCAGCAUGAAGGAUGUGCUGACGGAUUUAAAUGCCGAGGGCGAACCGUUGCCACUGAAUCCACCGCGGGAAGAUUGGCUCGGCCAUAAGGGUAUGGUGCAGGCGGCGAUCUACAUUAAACAGAAGCUGGAGGAGGAAAAUCUUAUCCAACGUGCCCUUAAACACAAUCCUGCCCGGGGUACGCACGGAUUCGGGUUAAUAUUGGUAGGCCAUUCGCUCGGCGCCGGUACAGCGUCUAUACUGGCAAUCCUGAUGAAGCAGCAGUACGAUGUGUUGCACUGUUACAGCUACUCCCCACCGGGUGGGUUAUUAAGUAUGCCUGCGGUAGAGUACAGCAAAUCGUUCAUCACCUCGGUGGUGGUUGGUAAAGAUGUCGUGCCACGGAUAGGGCUCUACCAGAUGGAAGCCCUGAGGGCCGACCUGAUCAACGCAAUCCAGCGUAGCAUCGAUCCGAAAUGGAAAACAAUCGCUUGUUCCGCGAUCUGUUGCUGCUGUGGACCGGAACCGACAUCCGUCAUGAUGAUGUCGACGAAGGAUUCUAACGUGCAGCGUUACAAGCAGGAACGCAACAGUGCGCGCCAAAGCACGGUACACCCGAAUGAUAAUUCUAUCGCACUAACACUUCAUCAUCCACUCUAUCCACCUGGUCGCAUCAUACAUAUCGUACGACACCAUCCAAUCCAAGAGGAACAAAUGCUGAAAAAACGAGACCCAGUCUAUCAAGCUAUUUGGGCUGACAAUAAGGAUUUCGAUGAGGUACUCAUUUCGCCAGUCAUGAUUCAAGAUCACAUGCCCGACACAGUGUUGGCAGCACUCGAGAAGGUCGUCGCAUCUAUCGGACCACAGAAACCGAAUCGACAAUUCACUAACCCUCCGCUUAUUUGUACGGACAGUGAGGAAGGGCCGAGGGCAGCAGGAGAACAGUCAACCGUAAGCCAAACACUUCAACCAAAUCUCGCUUCACCUGUCGCACAACAUAAGAUCUGUCUGGAAACUUCUUUUACCAAUAUGCAAUUGCUACAGCUACACCGCGGCGAGUCCCUGCACGCACCGGCACACGAGCAGCAGCACGUCGAUAUUUCAAAGCCGUCUUCAAUCGCCGACAGUGUGGUCGGACAGCAUAGCGCCCUGUCCAGUCUAGUCGAGGAUAGCGGAAUUCCUAAGAGCAUCUCAGGGCCGAGCGAAGUAACAACUGUGAUUUUAGCGGAAGUACAAAGCGCGGUUGCACCGGCAAUGGCAACCGUAACCCGUGUUCCUUCGGUUACCAGCGGUAACGCCGCCAAGACGUUAAAUUUUAUCGCCUCAGCAAAUCCUACGCGGAACGAUAUGUACCUCAUGUUUCAACCUACCGCACCCGGCGGCACCGCGGCGUACCGGGCGGACAACCUGUCACUCGGCAUCACACGCAGAAACUCCUACGAGGUGCAGAAGAUCGAUCUAAUACACGAUGAUUGGUUCGGUAUGGCGCCGCUCGCUAGUCCGGAAAGUUUGUCGGAACUGUCCAGCAUAAGCUCGCGGGCGAGCAUCUCGAACUGCAUGACGGGCGGUGUGGAGAAAGGGUUAGACAAUGGCAAGGAGUUACGGCAGAUGCGAGUGGGCGAGCGGAACGACAUGCAAGCGGUGGAAUCGCAGCUUCACACGCCGAAAGUAUUGCGCCGUACACCGAAGGUGAGCGGCAAUUUGUCAACCUGCGCCGAAGAUGCUCGUACCGUUUACCAGUACAAGCGGAUGGGAAAGAUAUUCGUCCUAAAUCAAGCGUCGUCCGAUUCGAGCACCACCCUUGAGAGUUACGACCAGGAGCAGGCUGUAAAUACAAUGGAAGAGAACGGUGUUCUAGCAACAAUCAGUGAGAAGGGUACUCUGCCGCUUGCUACUAACGGUAAUCAAAAUAUUCUGGUGCAGGAUGAGCUGAAUGAACACGCUGCGGGGGAAAGGCGAGCGUUUGGUAAUGUCAGUGAAAGCGCAACACGGUGCAGCUCCAGCUGCCCGACCUGUCCAUGCCGAAGCAUAUCGAAUGGAAAGUGCUGCCAGAAGUUUAACCACCGAGAAUGUUACAAUUAUAAGUACACGUCAUUCAACAUUUUCAAGUUUAGCAAACCCAGCGAAGUUGCCAGUGGCAAUGCUUUCAUCAACAAAGGCCUCCACCAGGAGCACGAUAAGAAUGCUGGCACAAGCUCUUGGCCGCAACACGACCGGAGUGCAGCACCGACACAAGCAGGAAACGAGGACAAUAAUAAUGUUUACCCGAUCCAUACUGUUCCCGCUUUGCCAUCACCGCCGGUUAAGGCCGGACUGCUCGAGUCACACUUUCCCGUUUUCUACAGCAAAAACGGCAAUAAUGACAACGCGCGACCAUCUUACGUCCAAACUGCACGGCCAGGUGCGUUACCACCGGCCAAAUCCGUUAAACCGAUUACACCGAUAAAGCUGGCAGGUGCGCAAGAACCGCUUGCCACAGCUAUAGAGAUACGUACCGAAACCUUCCCGUUGCUGGUGAACCUGGCUGAACAUUCGUCACCAAAUACGAGUGGCUUUGGGCGCAGGAAAAACACGGUGCACCCAACCGAGCGACACAUUAUAGCGGUGGAUGGGUUUAAUCCUGCCGGUACGGAAACAGUCGAGUCUCGUUGUUCACCGGCGAGUUCCUGCGCCUCUCUCACCACCGGCAACAAGCACAUCCAGCAAGCGCGCAAAAACGAGAGCAACGUUUAGGUAUGCGAAUCGUAACCAGUUGCAUUCACUUUACUUCUAACAGUGAGUAGUGAUAUUAAAUUACCUCCAGGUUCAAUAGCCAUGCUUUUGGUUGAUUUCAUACGAGCUCUCUUUUUAAUUUAGUGACAUUUUGCUCAACGGACCAAAUGGGACCGAUACAGUGUGCCAAACAGAAAAAAAACCGUAGGCCUGUGAUGCUCGUUACGUAUUCCAUUUUGCUGCAGCAUGUAACCCCGAAACAGAUCCCUGGGUCUGGUUGCGGAGUUUAAGAAAUAUCUUUAAAUUACUCUCAAAUGAUCGUAUCUCAUUGCUUAGGUGUUCACUAAACGCUAAUCGAAUAGUAGGGAUAUAUCCCAAUUUGUGAAUUGUGAAUGUCAAUUUUACUAUACACAACACAAUGUACGUGGAUGCAUGACCCUUGGGAGGUGUAUCCAAAUGGAAGGAGAAGGUAGUAUAAAACUAGACGAUUGAUUGAGAAUUGAAUUUAUAGAAUGUGUAUUGAAGAGUAAUUACAAAACAAAAGAAUAACAUUGUAAAAAAAAAACAAAAAAUAAUAAAAAAGUCGGAGAGCAGAGCCAUUACUAAUUAGAUUUAAACAAAAAAAUUGUUGUAGCGUAAAUGAUAAACAAAUAAUUCUAAUGUUAGAUGGAUGAAAAACAAGGGUAAUAUAUUCUAAAUUUACGAUCUUAAUCAAUGGCAAAAGAGAAUAUGUGUAUUAGAGAGCAAAACAAAAUUACAUUAAAGAAACAAACAAUUAAAAGAAAUUAAAUUAAAACGAGCAUUCAAAACUAAAAACCAUCAUGCUAAACAACUAAUUCAAUUUCUUUUAUCUAAUCAAAUUAAAACCUGAGAUAUUACUAAAAGAAACACCCACAAUAGUGCAAAGCAAGUUAUGUUUCGUUUUUGAUAAUAAGUACGGCCACUUUCUUGCCAAUCCCCCAAUACCCCAAAUAGUUAAAAAUAGGCCUGCUGGCAUAUUUUGGACCGGUUUACAAACAAUAGACAAUUACCGUACGUUAUAAAUGACUCCGUUCGUGCAAAAUGAUUCUACACUAGCCUAUCGAC